GUGUUGCUCCCGGCUUUCGUCAGUGUGGGGUAGGGGAGGGGGGGGGAGGAACAGGAGAAGAGGGGGAGAAGUCGAAGACGGAGUUAAGGAGGGAAACGAGUGGAAGGAAAUCGAGGAGUAGCACCAGAAGAAGGUGAAAGGUGGGGACGAACGAUGUGGCUUGCUCUGCGACGGCUGCCACGUGGCAGCUCCACGUCGGCAGCCAGAGCUUUGGUACAUCAUCAUCAUCAUCACCGGCAUCAUUAUGAUGGCCAUUUGGCCAAUCUGCUUGUAAUGCGUUGCUGUGCAUCGGCGGCGGCCGAGACGGUACAACUACCGCAGGUGAGCGAGAGCACUACGACGGGAGCCUCCUACCCUGCAACAGCUUCCCACCAGUUCUCGUCUCGCCGUCAUUCAGCUGGCAAUGCACCAUCCGCUGACGUGGCACAAUGGCAGCAGCAGCAGCAGCAGAACCAUCAGCUGGCGACUGGCGCCGCUUCCGCGGCGGGAAGGUCAGUGGUGCCGAUCCGUGAUGACGAGCCGAUGGCGGCGGCGGCGGUCUCAGCAGCACACAGGGCGGCAGCAGCAGCAGCGGGGGAAGGAGGGGGAGGAGGGGGAGGAGGAGGAGGUGGAGGUGGGUGGGUCGAGGACGCUAGGGAUGCUAAUAGGACGCCAUGGCAAGGAGCAGAAGCGCUGACGGUUUUGAAUUCGAUGCGGCUACUCCCCUUGUACAACCUGCUGAAUUUAAGCAGAUCCAGAUCGUACGAUGCCAGUCCAGCCGGUCCGAGAUUGGGAUUGGGAUUGUGGCCGCGUCCGCCGCCGCGACCUCAAGAGGGUCUAUUAUGGUGGGAUCUAUGGGAAAGAGAGGGGCCGUCAUCGUCGACAUCGUCAUCGUCUUCCCCGUCCUCUUCUUCGUCUUUGUGGGAAGAGGGCUGCAGUGCCUCUUCUUCCUCUUCCACCUCCACCACCUCCUCCUCCUCCUCCUCCUCCUCCUCCUCUUCUACCUCCCUUGCUUUGUGGAAGGACGAUAGGUCUUUUUCUCCCUCCUCUUCCUCCCCUUCCUCCUCCUCCUCCUCCUCCUCACGUUCCUGGGAGAGUACGUCAACGACGAGUCUGGAGAACAACAGCAGCGGCAGCAGAAGUAGCGCCGACAUUGAGAGAAUGGUGGCGGAGGAGAAGCUGCGCAAAGAACAGGUAGGUAUGGAGAUGGUCGACGAGGAGAAUGUUGAGACGAAGAUUACCGGGCCUACCGCUCUGGAGGCGGAGUACUUGAACAUCCCGCCAAAUUUUUGGCGCGAAUCUCCUCGCAAGCUGAUGAGCAAGCAAUGGGAACUCGAGAUGAAGGUCCUGGAAGCUGCCAUUUCACGUCAUCGCGAGCUUGUUAAGGAAUUGGGCAACAAAAAGCUCACGUCUCAAUUGGGCGCCUCGAAAAGGCUUUUGGCCAGAUGGUAUGGACCUCUAGUUGACUCCAUAGCCGACGAACAGGCCAUGAUUCGGAACAGGGUUUUUGCACCCGAUAGGAGAUCCUACGGUGUUCAUCUGUUGAUGCAAUCGGCCGAGAAGUUGGCGGUCAUCACUCUGCACACCGUCAUCAACGUGAUAUUCAGCGAGCCAUCUCGACAAGCAAGGCUAGUCACACUCGCGCAGUGGAUCGGCAAGACCGUGGAAGCGGAGACGAACACCGAUUGCUUUCUGUAUACCUCAUUCUUGCGAAAGAAGAGUGGUGGUCGCGGUGGUGCAGCAGGGGGGAAGGAGGCUUCCGCUGCCGCAGCUGCUGCGGGGGAGGAGGGGAAGGGGUUGGCGGCGGCGAAAGGCAAGGGCAAGAAGCAGAGCAAGAGGAAGAAAAAGAGGACGGAGGACAGUGAGGAUUCUGCUGCUGCUGCUGCUGCUGCUGCUGCGGCUACUGGGCCCAGUGCGGCGGAGAUGUCCGGGAAGAAGGGUUCCAGUUUGGGCGGGAAGGAGGGACUCCAAGAGGAGGGCCCAGAAUGGGGCAGCCGAGAAAGGGUCUUUGAUAAGAGGACUCGGCAGGCGAUCGAGGAAAACAUGGCGGAGUAUUUGAGACGGAAAAAGAUCGUGCAAGAUGUCCUCCGGACGAACAGCGUGAGAUCGGAUGUGGUUGCUCGACAUAGCCGGGUGGCGCUUGGGGUGGAGCCGUGGGGGGGAGAAAUCAGUGUCAAGGUCGGGGCCGCCUUACUCAGUCACCUGCUGGCCACGGCCUUCGUGGAAGAACCGUCUUCUACUUCUACUGCGACGUCCGGUACAAAGAAAAGGGGCGGCGAAAGGGAGAAGAAAGAAGGUGGUGGUGGUGGUGGGGGGGGGGCCGGCGGCGGUGCGGAAGGCGGGGAUCUGCGGCCAGCUUCACCUUUUUCUCAAGGAGAAGGCAAAUUAGCCGGCGCUCAGCUGGACACAGUGAAGAGAACCCCCGCCUUCCUUCUCGAUCGGAAGAGGAUGAGAGCUACGGGCAAAGGGCAGAAGAGACAGUGGAGACCGUACAACGUGCUGGCGGUGAACGAGAGGAUUUUGGAACUCAUCACGGAAGCAUCGCCGCAUGCGACGUUGAUACGCUUCAUGCCGAUGAUCGUGCCGCCCAAACCGUGGCGAUCGUGGAAAGGCGGGGGGCAUUAUUUCUUGCGGACGAACUUGAUGCGCACGUUGCCGGGGAGCACGGCGCAGGUGCGCGCGCUGAAGAGGGCGACGUAUCGGAAGACGAUGAAACCGGUCUAUCAAGCGCUAAAUGCGCUGGGAUCGACGCCGUGGCGGGUGAACAAGAAGGUAGCGCAGGUGGUGGAGGAGAUUUGGGAGAAGGGAGGUGGUUUGGCAGGGAUGGUGUCGAGAAAGGACGAGGAGCUUCCUCUCCCUCCCGCCUCUCGAGACGACGAUGCGGGACGGCGGGCAGCGAAGUUUGCCGCCAGCAAGGUCAAGCAAAGGAACGCCGAAAGGCAUUCUCUUCGCUGCGACCUCGAGAUCAAGCUUAGCGUCAUGCGCGGAUUCCGCGACCUGGACAAGUUCUACUACCCUCACAACGUCGAUUUUCGCGGGCGAGCCUAUCCCAUCCACCCUUACUUUCAGCAUCUAGGCGCCGACGUGUCAAGAGGCAUGCUCCAGUUCGCUGAGGGGAGACCCUUGGGGAAAUCAGGACUGCGGUGGCUGUUUAUCCACUUAGCGAAUCUCGUCGGGGCGGACAAGUUAUCUUUCGACGAUCGCGUCGCGCACGUCGAGGGGCUUCUCCCGCUUGUGCUCGACUCGGCGCGCAAUCCGUUGGGCGGGGAGCGGUGGUGGAUGACCGCCGAAGACCCUUUUCAAGCGCUCGCGGUGUGCUUCGAAAUUGCCGAGAUCCUCGAAAGCCGCGGGCACGCGGAAGACUUCAUCUCCUACCUUCCUGUUCAUCAAGAUGGCUCCUGUAAUGGCCUGCAGCACUACGCAGCUUUGGGCAGGGAUCGAACCGGGGCCAGACAGGUCAACAUGCUGCCGAUGGAUCGACCUGCUGACGUUUACACCGCCAUAGCCAACAGGGUAGACGAAAUAGUGCGGGAAAAUAGCGCGCAGGGCGACCGCAUCGCGUCGCUGUUGGUGGGCCAUGUUGAUCGAAAGCUAGUCAAACAGACUGUCAUGACUUCGGUCUAUGGGGUCACGUUCAUGGGAGCGCGGGAACAAAUUCGCGCGAGACUGAAGGAGAGGGGUGUAAUUGAAGAUGAAGGCGAUCUAUGGAGGGCAUCCGUCUAUGCCGCGAAGACGACGUUGCGCGCCAUGGAAGAUGUCUUCACGUCGGCGCGGGACAUAAUGACGUGGCUCGCGGAAUGCGCGCGAGUGAUCGCGCAGGCGGGGGAGCAGGUGCGGUGGACCACCCCUCUCGGCCUCCCCGUGGUUCAACCCUACACGUUGCCUGGUCGGAAGUUGGUGAGAACGAUCUUGUCACGGCUGAUCAUCCAUCUGGAUGACGACAGCAUGCCCGUUGCGAUUGCGCGCCAACGCAGCGCUUUCCCGCCAAAUUUCGUCCACUCCCUCGACAGCUCUCACAUGAUGAUGACGGCCAUCGCCUGCUCUAAGGCUCAGCUCCGAUUCGCCGGCGUGCAUGACUCCUUCUGGACGCAUGCGGCAGACGUCGAUCAGCUCAACGGCAUUCUCCGAGAGCAAUUCAUCGCCCUGCACACCAAACCGAUCCUGGAGCAAUUGUGGACAGAAUUCCGCCAACGACACCCCAAGCUCUCUUUUCCCGACGUCCCCGAGAAGGGAGACCUCGACCUGAACCAAGUGCUAGACGCUCCUUAUUUCUUUGAUUGACGGAUGGGACGAUAAUGAUGAUGAUGAUGAGGAGGAGGCGGAGGAGGCGGAGGAGGAGGAGGAGGAGGAGGAGGAGGAUUCACUGGUUGGUUCGGUUUGACAUGAUCGGCCUGCAAUGGUUCGCUAGGUCGCCGCCGUUCAUCGAUCUCCAUCAUAGAUCCAUGGAUCGACGGAUGAACUUAUUUGAUUGAUUGAUGAUUGGCUGAUCCAGUGGCGGCGGCUUUGUUGAGUGAUUGAUUGAUUGAUAGAUUGAUUCAUUGAUUCAUUGAUUGAUCCAGUGGCUGAUCAAUUGAAUUAUUGAUUGUUUGAUUGUAUGAUUGAUGGACGGAGCCCCCUUGAAUUGGAUUAGAUCGAUUGAUCGGUCCCGGAUCGAUGGUCACUUCUCGUCAACACCUCUCUCCUUCUCUUUCCCCUGUCAUUAGUUCGUAGUCGAGGUGGUGGAGGUGCUCAGAAUGUGGUAAGAGAAUCCGAAGAGAAAAUUGGGGGAGAGAGUUGGGAGAGAGAGUUGGGAGAGAGAUGGGGGGGUGAGAGUUGGGAGAGAGAUGGGGGGGUGAGAGUUGGGAGAGAGAUGGGGGGGUGACGAUGCGCUGACGCGGCAGGAGGGAGGUCGACAAGAAGGCGAUUCAAAGGAGCAUUUUCUCCAGAGGUUAGAGGUGAUGAGAAUUUGGUAAGAGAAUCGGAAGAGAAAGUUGGGAGAGAGAGAGAGAGAGAGUUGGGAGAGAGAUCGGGGUGACGAUGCGCUGAUGCGGCAGGAGGGCGCGCUGACUCGGCAGGAGGGUGCGCUGACUCGGCAGGAGGGCGCGCUGACUGGGCAGGAGGGUGCGCUGACUCGGCAGGAGGGCGCGCUGACUGGGCAGGAGGGCGCGCUGACUCGGCAGGAGGGCGGUCGACAAAAAGGCAAUGCAAAGGAGGAUUUUCUCCGGAGGUUAUCGUCGGGGCAAUCUUCUGCUUUUCUUCUUCUGCCCUCUGAACUGAAAUUACUCUCUCUUCAGACUUGUUUACAAGCGCUUAAUUACAACCUCAGAAACGGUGUCAAGCACGCACUCAGGGAUAGAUAGAUAGAUAGAUAGGCCGGUAGGUUGACUGAUUAAUAGAUAGAUUGAUUGACAGAUAUGCAUAGAUGUAGGAACACAGGUAUAGGUAGAUAGAUAUAUAGAUAUAUAGAUAGAUUGAUAGAUUGAUAGAUUGAUAGAUUGAUUUAUAGGUUGUUGGAUAGACAGAUAAGGACGUAAAAGAGCUGAGCUUGCUGAUUGGAGAGGAUUGGGGAAGGAGGAGAGAGAGAGAGAGAGAGAGAGAGAGAGAGAGAGAGAGAGAGAGAGAGAGAGAGAGAGAGAGCAUAGGAUUUCCAGAGAGAUUGUUACUUUUUGUCGUUGCCAGAUGAGAGGAUCAGAAUAGAGAGAGUACGCUCUUAUCAACAAAGAGUUCAAAUUUUG